AUGUUUUCGUUUCAGGCGUCAUCUAUUGUGAAGAGUGAAACAACUGAUACUGAGCAAGUGGAUAAUCUGGACACAAACUUUGAAUUGCUACAACAAGUAUUUGAAUUUGCCGCUGAAGAUAUCGAUCGAAACGCUGCUGCGACGACAACAACAACACCAUUUCAAAGAUCAUCGAAUAAAACACAAUACAUAGAAUGUGAUGAAAGUUCGUCAUCGCUUGAUUUGAGAGGAAAUGCUAAUUCCGUUGAUUAUGAUAGUAAUCCAAUGACGAAUAACGACAAUAAUAAACCGUCAACACAUGUAUUUAUUUAUCCCACGGCUUUACCCGAAUUUUCAACAGGAAUUAAAGAAGCAUUCAAAAAUGAAACAAUUCAAACCCGAUGGAGUCAAUUAAUUGGUGAAUUAGCUGAAUAUGUUAUGACCAUAAAUCCGACGAUCAGAGAUCCAAAUGAGUACAGAGCAAUUGGGCGAUCAGUUUAUGAAAAAUAUCCAUUAGUUGGCAGAGAAGGACCGAAACCGUGGGCAUGUAUCAUUAUCAUCUUCAAUUAA